UGAGCUUUAUUGCCAUUUGAUGACAAGUUGGGCUAACUAUCCAUCUGUUUUCCAGCUAUAACAGAUAACUUUAGUUAGCUAACGUUAGCUAGUAUGCUUUAGGGCAAUUCCACGUACUAGUACAGUACCGGUAUAACAAAGACUAGCCAUACAUGUUUGAAGGCAAGGUAUUAUGAAGGAUCCAUUAGGACCAACGUGUGUAGUUCAUAGGAGCGUGUCAAAUGAAAGCUAAGAGUGCGUGUCUGUCGUACUUCAUUAUCAAAUGCAGCUGGGAUAUCAUUGUGGAGCUAGCUAGCUAUCCCGCUUUGGACUUUUCGAAUCCACCUCCACUUGAAAGCGUUUGACUUAAUGAGGUUCUCUUAUUAGCAAGCAAGGAACAAUUACAGUUGUGUGUACUUAGUCGAAUGCAGUUCUUGAAGGGGUGAAUUCAUUGAUUGUAAACAUCGUGAUACUAACGUUAGUGUUGUAAUAAAGAUUCAUUCAAUUGUCCAUCAGUCAUUUCACUCAAAUGUAUUAUUCACAGAUUGUCACCAUGCCACUAACAAAUGCUGAAAAGCAAAGAAGAUACAGGCAAAGACUAAAGGAGAAGGGGAGUUAUGAGGUCACGAGUCUGUUCAUCAUCUGCUGAAGAUGGAUCAAUAUGGGAGAUAUGAAAGUAGUGGUCAGCCAGAAGAGCUUUUUGAUCCCUCACUGCAUUGGAGGCAGGUCAAAGAGGAAGCUGAUGAACUCCAGAUUUCAACUGUGCCAUUAAGAGUUGAAACAUCCCAGGUUUGUCAAAAUGAGGACCCGGAUGAACAAGAUACCUCCUUUGAUCCACUUUCAGUCAUCCAUCGAGUCACAGAGCAAGAGUGUGAACAUAAAAGCAUGACUUACCUCAAAGUAAGGGUGCUGCCUUCUCCAGUCCCAGUCAAAGAGGAGUCUGAAGAAUGCUCCCUUCUGCCAGUAGAUGAAGAGAAAGUUGCCUUAAUUACAGUUAAGGAAGAAGAGAAUGAAGACUGGUUGAAGUCAGAAGAUGAGGAUGUUGUGAAAGUGCCAGUGCCUUGGGAACCGUUGGAAACAUCAUCAUCAUGCUCAGAUACAGAGGAUACAGAGGACAGUGAGAUGGAAAGUGAUAAUGUGCAGGACUGUGAAAACAAUGAGCAUGGUGAUUCAGGAGCAUUGAAGAUUGAAAAUUGCAGCAAGACAUCAUUGGAUCCAGGGCUGACACUAGAUACAGAUGAGAAAGCUAAUGCUGCUGAUUUGAGUGACUCUAAAAAGGGGUCCUUCUACCCAUGCCCUCAUUGUACGCUCGGUUUCACCAUAGAACGCUUUUUUCACGGGCAUCUCAAGAGGGCCCACCCUGAAGAGUACAUCACUCUGCUAAAGUUUCGGAAAAUCAUAGCAACCCAAGCCACGUGCCCACAAUGUGGCAAGAGCUUCUCCAAUAAAUAUGUUAUGAAAACACAUCAGAAGAGUCACACAGGAGAGAAACCAUAUCACUGUGCAGACUGUGGGAAUAACUACGUCUUCGCUGAUUCACUCAAAAAACACAGAUGUGGGAAAGGAUUACGAAGACAAACCCAUCUGACCAGCUAUGAAAUGAUCCCCACAGUAGAGAGACCAUAUACAUGCGUUCAGUGUGGAAAAGGAUACAGAUUUCAAACCCAACUGACUAGCCAUGAAAAGAGCCACACAGGAGAGAGACCAUAUAAAUGCUCUCAGUGUGGAAAAGAAUACAGAAGACCAGCCCAUCUAAAAAGACAUCAAAUGACCCACACUGAAGAGAGGCCAUUUGAUUGCCUCAGGUGUAAGAAGUCAUUCUACCGGCCGGAAACUCUAAAAGCACACCAGAAAACCCAUACAGGAGAAAAGCCUUAUCGGUGCUCUCUGUGUGACAAAUGUUUUGGCUUUUCCAGAGACCUUAAGAGACAUCAGUUGACACAUACAAGGGAGACCCACACUGGACAGAGGUCCUAUGAUGUCCACGAGUGUAAGAAGUCCUCCGGCCAGCUGGAAAUUCUCAAUGCACACCAGAAAACACACAAAGUAGAAAAGCCUAAGCCUUAUCAGUGCUCUCAGUGUGACAAAUGUUUUGGCUUUUCCAGAGAUCUUAGAAGACAUCAGUUGACACAUACAGGGGAGAAACCGUUCAGUUGCCCCCAAUGUGAAAAAUGUUUCGGUAGGAAAUGGGAAUUGACGUACCACCAACGGACACACAGCGGAGAGAGGCCUUACCACUGCUCUGAGUGUGGACAGAGCUUUAGCCUAAGGGGGAACUUUAAACGCCACCAGCAGAGCCACACAGGGAAGAAGACGUUUCAUUGCACUCAGUGUGACAAGAGUUUCUUCAGAGCGGCUCACCUGAAAACCCAUCUCCUCAUUCACAAUAGAACCAAAACAGUGGUCUGCUCUAACUGUGGGAAAGGGUUCAACCAUGAUGGGAACUUAAAACGUCACCAACGAUUCUGUAUGAAGACAGAGCAAAAUUGUAAUGCACCCCCAUCUGUAGAAGUACAGAUAUGAUAUAAUAAUGUAAUACAAUGCCAUCUAAUUAUAAGUCUGUUCUUCUUGGUACAUUUAUCUCUAGUUCAAAAUCAUUCAAGAGACAGGCCUUUUUGUUCUCUGACGACUGUAGGGGAGUAGGAUUCGCUUUCAUGUAUGUCCAUUAGGUGGCAGUAAAAUAGGAAAGUAUUUUUACAUGUAGUGGUACUUUUUACUUUUCGAUAUUCUGUAUGUGCAACCGCAAUAAUAUUAGCUGACCCUCCGAUACUCCUGAAAAUCAUCCAUGUAACUAGCUAAAGGUAAAUAUAUUUCUGAAUAUAUAUAUAUAUAUAUAUAUAUAUGAGCUUUAUAAAGCCAUUUGAGGACAAAUUGGGUGUGUAGCUGACUAUACAAGCCUUAUGUUGUGCCAGAUAGAAUAAAUUAGGGCAAUUCCACAUAGCGUUACUAGUUGUUUCAAAUAGGGUGCUAGUACGGUAUAACAAAGAGAGUAGCUAGCUAUGUAUGUUUGAAACUGUUUAAAGACCCAUGUGGACCAACAUGUGAAGUUCAUACGAGCAGCAAGUUGGGUGUCAAAUAAAAGCUAAGACUGUCUGUCUGUGUGUGUUCUGUUAUAAUAAAAUGUAGCUGCGAUAUCUUUGUGGAUCUAUCCCUCUUUGGACAUUUCUAAUCCACCUCCACUUGAAAGCAUUUGACUUCAGGUCAUUGAUUGGCAAGGAAGAACACAAACAUAGUUGUGUGUUUCACAUGCAGUUCUUGAAGGGGUGAAUCAAUUGAUGGUAAAUAUAUUGAUAGCAGUGUUGUAAUAAAGAUUCAUUCAAUUGUC